AUGGAGCUUGCAUUUCGUGGUAAUGAUGAAUAUGAACAUUCAAGCAACCAUGGAAACUUUCUUGAGCUUCUACAGUUUCUUGCCGACCAUAAUGAGGAUGUGAAAGCCGUUACUUUGAAAAAUGCUCCGGAGAAUCACAAAUUGACAUCACCAGAUAUUCAAAAAGACAUUGUAAGUGCUUGUGCAACUGAGAGGAUCAAGGCUAUUAUUGAAGACGUUGGCACUUCGUUGUUCUCUAUUUUGAUUGUAGAAUCUCGCGACGUAUCAACGAAGGAACAAAUGGCUAUUGUAUUGCAUUAUGUGGACAAGAAUGGGCAUGUCGUUGAGCGUUUUAUUGGCAUUGAAAAUGUUACUAGUACUGUUGCUCUCUCACUCAAGGAAACCAUUGAUGAGGUAUUUUCUAGGCAUAAAUUGAGCAUGUCUAGGUUGAGAGGGCAAGUUUACGAUGGGGCCAACAAUAUGCAAAGUGAGUUCAAUGGUCUUAAAGCUCUUAUUAUGAAAGAAAGUGGUUGUGCCUAUUAUAUUUAUUGA